AAACUAACGAAAUUAAAAAUAUAGGUAUCAUUUGUGAUUUUAAUAUCAUAUUGCAAAUAACAACAUAUUCAACUAGAAAUAUGAAGCAAGUUUUGUUUUCUUUGGUCAUCAUCAGCAUCUGUUACCUCCAGUUAGUGGAGCUCUUGACCGAUGAGCAACAGAAAAGAAUCAACGAGAAACGCGAUGAAUGCGUCAAAGAAACCGGCGUGGAUGCCACUGUGUUAGCAGAAGCCCGAAAAGGCAAUUUCGCCAACGACGCCAAAUUGAAGCAGCACAUUCUGUGCGUGGGCGAGAAGCACAAUUUCAUCAAGGAUGGUGUAGUCCAGAAGGAUGUGGUCAUGACACAAGUAACCGCCAUCCUGGGAGAUGCCGAUUUGACCCAGCAACUCUACGACAAGUGCAUUCAGGAUAAAGGCUCCCUGUUGGAAACUGUAUUUGCGAUUGCGCAAUGUUACAUAAGUAACACACAUGUUGCUGUCAUUUAGUUUGUUCAAAUAAUCGCAAGGGAUUGGUGAUAGUUGCAAACCUUCAGUUUACCUAUUAAUGAGAUGUUUAUUAA